AUGGAAGGCGCUGCCCUCAUGACCGAAGACGUCCUUGAUCCGCCGCCUCGGCUCUAUGAGCGCCUCCACCAAAUUGCAGGUUACACAUGGGAUGAAUCAAAACUGCCCUUCCGCUCGACAUAUGACUUUUGGCACGUCUUCGGCACCCGGUGCGUCUCACCCAUAUCUCCAUCCACCUCCCAGUCGCACAACAUCUCCAGUCCUGGUUCCGUCUCGAGGUUAUCAUCUGGGAACCCCUCACCUGCCGAGCACCCAGGUCAUCACUUCGACGAAAGCCACUUUGCUGCGCAGUAUACUCCCCCGGCCCAGCAGGUGUCCCCCUCCCAGCCAAACUUCCCACAUAUUACGUCGUUCUUCUCGCCGACCUUGCCUUCGGAAAGCAGCUAUGUCGAGGAGCCAGUGGUAGCACGGAUAUCAUAUCAUGGUCUACGAGAGGAGAGAGCAUUCCAUAUCGCCAAGAGCCUGACAGCUACCGUCGAUCCGACCGGAGAACAUAUUGCGAAGCCCAUCGAUCUAUUCCGGCUAAACACCGCCCCCGGAGACCGUGCCGCCGUCAUUGUUGCGAUUUAUCAUAACCUGGGUGACAAUUAUCUCCCCGCUGUAUUGGAUCUCGGCCCGGCGUAUUACAAGGCAAAAAAAGAGGGCGAAUCCUACAAAGCUUUCCAUGAUCCAUUCUUCAAGCUUCACCAACCCAUCAGCCUUCAGCUUUUUCUCGAUUUUGCCAUUGGCGCGUCAAAGUGUCUGGAAAUUCUUCACCACGGGCAAGGAAUCAUUCAUGGCGAGAUUCGUGGCGACGCAUUCCACUUCAACAAAGAGGAAAACAAGGUCAGGAUAGCUUCGUUUGGAUCUGGCACCCGGUCCUUUGAGAAUGGACUGACUAGCACAGGCUGGUCGAGCCUUUCCAAAGAACUCGGCGCCAAAACCAAGUUGUUGUAUAUCAGCCCUGAACAAACAGGCCGGAUGCCUGCUGAACCUGACAGCCGCACGGAUAUAUACUCGCUCGGAGUCUUGUUCUGGAUGCUCUUGACUCAACAGCAGGUCUUUGAUGGGGACACAGCACUGGACAUUGUGCAAGGCGUUCUCGGCCGUAGGAUUCCAAACGUUUCUGAUAUUCGGAUUGACAUCCCUGAUGUGGUUGGAAGGAUAAUUCAGAAGUGUACUGCCAAGAAUGUCACGGAUCGGUACCACUCGGCAAGUGGGCUUCGCCAUGAUCUGGAAAUGGUCCAGAACUACUUGGCAGAUGGGAACUGGGCUGCGCUGAAAGAGCUGAAGAUUGCGAGCAAAGAUGUCUCUUCUUUCUUCAUGCUUCCUACAAUCAUGAUUGGCCGGCAGCGAGAGCGAAACCAGCUGAUCAAAGCAAUCGACCGCGUCUCCAAAUCCCACCCCCUCGACCGUAAAGGACCAUCGUCUCGCUUUUCUGAUGGAUCGAUGCUCUCGAAUGAUGUUGGUAAUAUGGACGAUCUUUCCAGUGAGGGGGCCAGUUCAGCUGAUGGAACCACUCGCCGAAGCGGUUCAUUCACACACACAGCAUCUUCGGACCCAGCAAAACAACGCAUCAGUUUCCAGCAAUCCUUUUUGUCGGACUCCCAGACUCUUUCAACAGAUAAUGGUUCGUCCUCUCAGUCUAGCGCACAGCCUAGGACAGCUCGCCUUUGGGAACGACAGCAGUCCAUCUCAGUUGAAACCCGGAGUCUUGUCGAUAGUGUUGGAACCGAGGGCACUCGCACCGGGAUAGUUGACUCUCCUGUUUCGAGUCUGUCCAGACAGCUUGGUAGUGCCAAAUUUAGGCGGCGUGGCCAUUGCGAAGUUGUCACCGUGGAAGGUGUGGGCGGCCUGGGAAAGAGUUGUCUGGUUCAAAGCGUGCUGGUGGAUGCUCGGCGACUUGGGUAUUGCGCGACAGCGAAGUUUGACACUACAAGAAGAAAGGCAUUUGGGCCGCUGCUCAAAUUGCUCUCGGCCUUGUUCAAACAGGUAUGGGGUGAGAGGAACACCGAAACCCCUUUCCACCAAGGUCUCAAACAAUACCUUCGGCCAGUUUGGCCAAUGCUCCAUAGGGUCCUGGGGCUCCCAGAGUUCCUGUUUGGGCCCCCUGACUCCUCGCCAUCGCGACCUCUUUCAUCCACGGGCUCACUCUCUCGAGGGCCUAGUUGGGCCAGACGCCGCGGUUCGUCUCCUGGCUGUUCUCCUGCCCCGCUGGCCGUAAAUCCAAGUAUAGCAUCUCAGUCAUCUCAGGAUUUUCUCCGUGCGGGGGCAUCAACUAAGACCAUUCGUUUAAUGCAGACGUUCCUUGACGUGCUGAGAGUGUUCACGGCUCAUAAGCUUGUGUGUUUUUGCCUGGAGGAUCUUCAUUAUGCAGAUGAUGAGUCUCUUGAGCUCAUUAGCCAGAUUAUAGGCGCCGGAAUGAAAAUGGUGGUGAUUGUGACGUAUCGUCCUGAUGAGCUGUCGCCAGAGAGGGUGCAAAGAAUCCUCCACCCUCCUGAAUCCGAAGAAUUUCCUCGUUCUGGAGGCCCGGUCGUUACAAGAAUUCCCCUCUCACCUUUAAAUGAAGAGGACAUCGUCGAGUACGUUUCCAAGACCCUCCGCCGCCCCCCAGACCAAGUCCUCCCUCUUGCGCUGGUCAUUCAGUCCAAGACGGCUGGAAAUCCGUUCUACAUCCGAGAGAUGCUCAGUGCUUGCUUUCGUAAGAAGUGCAUUUGGUAUGAUUAUCGAGACAGUGUUUGGCACUUUGAUCUGGAUAGACUAUUUGAGCAAUUCCGUGCUGAAAAAGACUACGAUGUUCUUGAUACGGCUUUUGUUACACAACGACUUGCCGAACUUCCAUCGACCGCAAGAGCCUUACUGGCAUGGGCAGCGCUGCUUGGCAACUCAUUUUCCUUCGAACUCAUAUGCCGCCUUAUGGGUGGCGAGUUUGAGCACCACGCCCAAAACUUGGCAAGAUGUUGUGGAAACUCUCACUGCAGAGGUUAUUCUCAGCAUGAUGCCAUCGCCGGCCUACAGGCAGCUAUCCAGGCUUAUAUCAUUGUACCAAGCGAAGAAGAUGACCGCUUUCGAUUCGCCCACGAUCGUUACAUAACCGCUGCUGGACAGCUAGAGGAAUGCAGCGCUCGCCGCAUGCAUUUUAUCAUUGCCCAAACCCUGCUAAAAUAUUACUCAACGGAACGCAGAUGGAGGGACAACACGGCCUUCCAUGUCUGUGAAGCCGUCGAUAUCAUCCAACAGGAAGUCUCUGACCGCGCCAAGUUCCGUGAGCUUCUCAUUACCUGCGCCCAAUCGUCCAUUGAGAAUGGGGCGAGGCCGACCGCCGCCAAGUAUUAUUCUGCUGCAGUAAAGCUGCUGCAGACUGAUGCUUGGGCAUUAGGAGCCAGUGAUGUUUCUUACCAGGAGACACUCCAACUCCAUCUUCGUUUGGCAGAAUGCUACGUGUUCAUGGGCCAACACUCACUAGCCCAGGAGCUUCUGGGCCAUAUCUUCGUUAAUGCGGAGACGGCAAUCGACAAGGCUCCAGCAUUUGUACUCCAGUCUAGAAUUUUCGCACAGACCGGAAACACACAGGCCUCUGUCGUGGCACUCAAGGAAUGCUUGGGGGCUUUAGGUGUGACGCUGGAUGAUAGUCCUACCUAUGAAAAAUGCGAUGAAAGGUUCGAGAGGUUCCGGAAUCAAUUCGAAACGAUGGACCGUACAACCCUCACGCAUGCUAGCCGAGUCACAGAUCCAAGCCUCGAGUCUGUCGGUGCGGUUCUUUCAGAGACCGUUGCGGCUGCCUGGUGGACGGACUGCCUCCGCUUCUACCAUUUGUCUUUGGUCAUGCUGGAAGCCCACCUCAGCCGAGGAGCAUUCCCGCAGUCAGGCAUGGCGUUUCUGUAUGUAGGGGUGGUUGCAAUAGCAAGAUUCAACUUGACGGGCUUUGCAGCUGAGCUGGGAUCUAUUGCAGCUGAGCUCCUUUCCCGUGCUAAUGACGCAUUCUCAAUGUCGCGCGGUCUGAUGCUCUCCCCGAUCCUCAUCGGCCACACUUGCACGCCCAUGCCCUUGCUAGUCGCGCAGGUUGAGGAUGCAGUCGAGCUUGCAUCAAGUGCAGGCGACCGGAUGUCUACCAUUUUGAGCUACGGCCUGCUCGCACUGAUUCGGUUAUUCUCCGUAAGAAACUUAGCUGAUCUGGAGGCUUUCUGCAAAUACGGGUGCGAGGAAAUACCCGAUUGGUAUUUCGACGCCAGGGGCGGUGUCCUGCUUUUGGCAGUCAGUCAAGUAUCUCGCUCUUUGCAGGGAAAGACGAGAAUCAAAGACCCCAUAGAUGUUAUCAGCGAUGAGCACCAUAACACUGUUGCUUACAAGAAUUGGUUGGCUGGCCGUAACCAACACAGCAACAGAUCGAUAUUGUUGUACGAAAGCCUGGAGUUGGUACCCUUGUUCAUUUAUGGCCACUACGAUCGUGCCGUGGAAAUUGGCCGACGAUGUUUCGAGAAUCUGGAGCUCUUCUGGUCAUUGCGAAACAGCAGGCUUGUUGUACUCGUUUACGGUCUGGCGCUCACUGGCCGCCUGCUCCGCCGGAUGCAUGAUCCUCGCUCAUCUCCCAAUGAUCAUCGGGCGGAAGUAGAGCAAGUGGUUCAAGAUUUACAGAAGUUUUCGAAAAUGAUCAAGGAUUGGGCGGGCAACUACAAUGUGAACUAUUAUGCUUGGUGGAAGAUACUGGACGCUCAAAUAGCGGAGCUAAAACAUGAACAUGGCGUCUCUAUCCAACAUUAUGAGGAGACCCUUGAUCAUGCCGCUGAGCACGACUUUGUCUUCGAAGAAGCGCUUGCGAACUUUCUCAUGGCCGGUUUCUUCCUCCGACGCAAGGCUCGGAGAAGUGCUCGCUCGGCACUACUUGAGGCAGUUGGACUAUACCGACAGCUGGGGGCCAGCGGUGUUGCCACGGCCAUUGAAGAGGAGCACAGCCUGCUUUUACACGGACCCACACGCAACUAUCGAACUAUGGACGUGGGUGUCCAGACAGACUUUGUCGCUGACUCGGGACCGGAUUCGUACCGCCAAGGCGAUGCUCAAAUGGACGAAGCGCUGUCGCAGGUUACUCCCCAUCAAAUGACACAACUCAAGGGCGAAAGAAUAGGGGCAUGGAGAGGAUCCAUGAAUGUGGAACCGGAAGCUGGCGCCGGCCUGCCUGCCCUCGAUAUGAUCGAUCUCCAUGCGAUUUUGAAAUCGUCCCAAGUCAUUUCUUCCAUGUUGCAGAUAGAAGAGCUGCUCAAGACAAUGUGCGAUGUCAUCCUACAGACUUGCGGAAGCUCUGCCACCCUAGUCUCAAUCGUUGUCCAAGAAAACGAUAGUGAGGAUUGGUGUGUCGCUGCUAGUGGAAACCCGGAGGGGGGUGCAUCGGCACAUAGGCCCGGUCUACCCCUUUCAGAAACAUCGCUCGUUGCUGAAGACGUUGUGCUCUACUGUACGCGAUUCUUCGAGUCGGUGUUCAUCCGAGACCCCAACAGCGAUGAGAGAUUCGGCAACGUAUCCAACUCUUGGACACAUAGGAACCCACAGGGGAAAGCCAUCAUUGCAAUCCCCAUUACUCAUGGCAACAAACCCCUGCUCGGUGUCCUGUACCUGGAGGGUGAGCCCGGGUCUUUCACGGACCGCAACGUCACCGUUCUAGAGCUUCUGGUCAACCAGAUCGGAAUUAGCUACGCAAAUGCCAUCGCUAUGAAGAAUGUCGAGAAGAUCUCAGCAGAGAACCGGUCUAUGAUUUCUAUCCAGAAACGGGCACUGGAUAAAGCCAUCGAGGCUGAGACCAAGGCCAAGAAUGCCGAGGCAGAGGCUAAGCGUAAUGUCAAGCUUGCCGAAGAAGCCGCCAAGGCCAAGUCGAUCUUCUUAGCCAAUGUUUCCCACGAGCUCCGCACACCACUGAACGGUGUCAUUGGCAAUUCGGAGCUUCUUCGUGACAGUGACCUAAACAAGGAUCAGCUCGAGAUGGCAGAUUCGAUCCGGGUAUCAGCCGAUCUUUUAUUGACGGUCAUCAACGAUAUUCUUGACUUCUCCAAGAUGGAAGCUGAUAAAAUGAAGCUCUACGUCAUCGCCUUCAACCCUGAGGAGAUGGUUCGAGAAGUUGUUCGUGCUGUGUCAUAUAGCAACAGAGAGAAGACUUCUAAGAAGAAUGUCAGAAUUAUCCAAGACAUUAAUCUACCGCCUAUGCUGAUCUACGGAGAUCCUAUACGGCUUCACCAAGUUCUAGGAAAUCUUAUUGGGAACAGCUUGAAAUUCACAGAGGAUGGCUCCAUCACAAUCGGUGCCAGACUCGACUCGGAAACCAAGGAGAAAGCAACGUUGACGUUCUGGGUGCGCGACACCGGCAUAGGCAUUCCCCCUCGACAGCUCGCAAAACUCUUCCAGCCGUUCAGCCAGGCCGAUGCCAGCACCGCAAGAAAGUAUGGCGGGAGUGGCCUCGGCCUAAGUAUCUGCAAGUCGCUCAUCGAGACUAUGAUGAAGGGCAAGAUCCAGCUGGAAAGUGAGGAAACAGUGGGCACUACAGCUUGGUUCACAGUCUCGUUCGACAAGGCCAAAUCGGAUGUGGCUGCAGGGGACGUUCAGUCAAAGUCUACGCCGCACAUCGAACGCACUGUCUCAUUCCCGUCCUCUGAGCAGCUCUCACCCCCUGAACCAUACUUCAGCCUCUCUAAUAUCUCCAAAGAGGAACUCCGAAUAUGCGUUGCCGAGGACAAUCCUAUCAAUCAGAAGAUUGCAAUACAGUACGUCCAACGUCUGGGGUACCAUAACGUCAGCGCAUAUGAGAACGGAAUGAAGGCAGUUGAGGGGCUGCGGAAGAAAGCUAAGGAGGGCGACCCUUACCACAUUGUACUGAUGGAUGUCCAUAUGCCCGUACUCGAUGGCUACGAAGCAACCAAGCUUAUCCGGAAGGACUCGAACGAGGCGGUGAGAAACGUGCUCAUCAUCGCCAUGACCGCAUCCGCCAUUCAAGGAGACCGGGAGAAAUGCAUAGCCGCGGGCAUGAAUGAUUACCUAGCCAAGCCCGUCCGGUCCGAGGUGCUGAAAAAGAAGCUAAACGCGUAUCUGAGCUCCAAACAGAGUCCAACAAGCGACCUGGUCGUCGAUCCCCCUCGUGCGCCCACUAGGAAGGUUUCCACCCCCUCCUCAAACGCCCAAACAUCAUCAUCUUCUUCUUCUUCGGCCACUCCUGCCUUGACAGUAUCGGACCCAAUGAGGGACGGCGCCGUCUUCAACCAGCCUGUCGAUUCCACCGCCUUGGAAUCGAGAGAAAGUCCGGUGCUCACCAGCACUGUGCCCCUCGACACUGGUCCCAACGCAGCUCAUCCACAGAACAAUGGCGUCUCAGCCACUGACCUCGCCGAUCGAACGCGGACAUCGUCGGAAAGCCUGCCGUCUCCCCCUCACAUGAAUCUUAGUCCGAACUCACAGCCCCCUCUGCCUCAGCCUUCUAAGCUGAUUAAACCCCACGACAGCAACGGCCUACCUGAUGGGGUUGAGAUCGGACCCAAGUCGAAUUCCAGCGUGGCCGAACCUAAUCAACCCCACACUCGUGCUCCGGACUCAGCGUCAGAGCAACCGAAACAUCUCAUAGCUAGAAAGCCGUUAAAUAACCCGUUGCCCCCACCGAACUAA